AUGUUCUUCGUGUUCUUCAUGGUCAUUGUGCGAUCAGGUGUUCCUUCUGUCAGUCCACCUGCCAUCUUUGCGACUCCGACCAAACUGGCGUCUGAAGGAUGUCAGGUGGAGUACCCGGGAGCCAACCGAGUCCCGGCACUGCAGAGGCUCCUCCAGGUGCCGGACAGCGUCCCAGUCCACCUGAAGAGGCGUAUGAUAGACAAGCUGCUGUACCGGACCACCAUGGGUCUGACGGUGGGGGGCGUGGUCUACUGCCUGGUGGCCCUCUACGUUGCCGCCCAGCCCAGCAACAAGUGAUGCUGUCCGGCUGCUGCGCUGUGAUUGGAGCAGAGGUGGAGACGUUCACAAAGCUGCAUAGAAACAAAACACUUUGUACAGAAAUAUCACUGAGUACGGAGAAUCAAUAAAGU